CUUCCUUACAUGGUGGUAAGAUUUCGCAAUACUCGGAGCAGCACCAGUUCUAAACAAAAACAGAAACAAUCUUUUAGUGAAAAAGGAAAGAAUAAAGCUUCCUCCUGCUUCCAUGGACGAUUAACGAGGUCCACCAACAUCUAAGAGUGCAGUAGGUAUUGAAAGGAAGUGCUUUGCAGCGAAAAUAUCCAGCCAGGUCUCAUCACUCACUACUAAAGUCUGAUCUGUGAGAUACCGGCAAAAGAGGGCGGAAAGUGGCAGGCACACGGUCCAAAUGAGCAAGCCGUCGCAGCAGAGAUCCACCACAGACCAGAACGGCGUCAGCGUGAUCCAGACCCAGGCCCAUAGCAGCGGCUUACAGCAGGUGCCACAGUUGGUGCCAGUCAGCCCCGGUGGAGGAGGCAAGGCUGUACCCCCCAGCAAGAUGAAGAAAACCAUCACAGACAAGGACAGCGACGAGUACCGCCAGCGGCGCGAGCGCAACAACCUGGCAGUCAAGAAGAGCCGCAUGCGCAGCAAGCAGAAGGCCCAGGACACCCAGCAGAGGGUCAACGAGCUAAAGGAGGAGAACGAGCGGUUGGAGGCCAAAAUCAAGCUGCUCAGCAAGGAGUUGAGCGUUCUGAAGGACCUGUUCCUGGAGCACGCCCACAACCUGGCCGACAAUGUCCAGCCCCAGGGCACCGAGGCCUCCAGCCCCGGCCAGAACAACAACAACAGCAGCAACAACAAUAACAACAACCACAAGCACCCGUGAAGGGCUGCAGGGCCGGGGGUUGCUCUUCACUUUUCCAUGGGGUUCGGCUGUUUGAUCGCUAUCACCUAAACCAUUUGGAAAUUCCUCCUUUCUUUUCUGGAGCAGUGUUUCUUAGAGGCUUUUUCCAAAACAUUUAUUCACCCCCAUCUUUAUACAGCCAAGUUUGUUCUCAAGAGAUUUGACAAGGCUUUUCAGUUUUGGUUACAUUGCCUUUACACUUAGAUGUUGCAUAACACAUCCAUUUCUUAUCACGAUCUACAUUUUGUUAUUGCUACCUUAGUUCUUGUCACCUUAUUAUUAGAUGGGUAUAAUUACCAGCUGAAUUAUUUUUCUUGAAAAGGCAUUGAUACUUUAUGAGAAACAUAUUUUGCAUUUAUGUUAGUUUGAACCGAACUACAUUUAGAGAUGACAUUUGCUUUCAAGUCCCUGUAUAGUGAUUUUUUUAGAGUUUUGGCAUAAAGUGAUGUGACCUGUCCCACACAGUGUGUAGUUCACUAUAUUCAUAAUAUAAA